AUAUAAUCAGACGGUCAAGAAGAUGGCUCAGCAUGGAUCAGAGUACGGUCGCCAGACUGAUGAGUAUGGAAACCCCAUUCGCAGCCAGACUGAUGAGUAUGGAAACCCGAUUCGUCAGACUGAUGAGUAUGGAAACCCGGUUCAGCAAGGUCGUACUGGUAACAGGCCCGGGGACAUGGAAAUUGGCAUCGGAGGAACAAGAGGAGGAGGAUUGAUGGCCGGUCAACACCAGCAGCAACAUGACCGCCAUGGCGCCGGCGACAUGGGAACCGGAAGAGCCACCAUUGGUGACUAUAUGUCCGGCACUGGAACUGGAACUGGCAUCGGAGGAGGAGCUGGAACAGGAGGAGGAUUGAUGGGCCAACACCAGCAGAAACAGGAUCGCCAUGGAGCCGGCGACAUAGGAACUGGAACCGGCACCAUUGGUGACUAUAUCUCCACCCCGGGAACUGGCAUCGGAGGAGGAACAGGAGAAGGAUUGAUGGGUCAACACCAGAAGCAACAGGAUCGCCAUGGAGCCGGCGGCAUGGGAACUGGCAUCGGAGGAGGAGGAUUGAUGAGCCAACACCAGCAGCAACAGGAUCGUCAUGGAGCUGGCGGCAUGGGAACCGGCACCGGAAAUAUGGGUGACUAUAUGUCCGGCACGGGAACUGGCAUCGGAGGAGGAUUAUUGGGUCAACACCAGAAGCAACAGGAACGCCAUGGAGCCGGCGGCAUGGGAACUGGCACCGGAACCAUGGGUGACUAUAUGCCCGGCGAGACGGGAACUGGUAUCGGAGGAGGAGGUGGAUUAAUGGGUCAACACCAGCAGCAACAGGACCGUCAUGGCUCUGGUGGAGGCAUUUUGCGUCGUACCGGCUCGAGCUCCUCGGAGGAUGAUGGAUUUGGAGGGAGGAGGAAGAAAGGUCUGAAAGAGAAGAUUAAGGAGAAGUUGCCAAGUGGGCAGAGGCAGGAUCAAUAUCAGGGUCAGGGCACGGCGGCGACUACAACGCCGCCGUACUCGGCCACCACCACCACCACCGGAGAGUCCUAUGAGAAGAAAGGAAUCAUGGACAAGAUCAAGGACAAGCUCCCCUGCGGCCACCCAUAGAUAUGAUCAUAUAAA